CAACUUUUGUACUGGUACACAACAGACCCAGUAUCUGCUCCACUGAUAUUACAAGGCAAUGGCAGAUUUUGGAUUUGCGCGCUUUGGGGAGGAUGAAGAAAAUGAUGAGGAUGAAUAUGAUCCACAGACUCGAUGGGGAAUGAAGGAUGGAUUGAUAUUGCUGAUAGACUGUUCAAAAUCCAUGUUUGAUGAGGGAGACGAUGAUGAAGAUAGCCAUUUUCAAUUGUGUUUAAGGUGUGCAAAGACAACAUUACAGAACAAGAUCAUUAGCAGUGAUAAAGAUCUGAUGGGCAUUGUCUUCUUUGGAACAGAAAAGUCAUCCAACCCAAGUGAAUUUAAACAUAUCUUUAUCUAUCAGGAGCUGGACCAGCCUGGUGCUCCCAGGAUUUUGAAUCUGGAGGAUUUGAUAGAAGAAUCACCAAAAAUAUUCUCCAAGGAGUAUGGUCAUAACACUGGAUUCUCCCUACAUGAAGCACUAUGGACUUGUCAGAAUAUGUUCUCUAACAGUCCUCAAAGAGUAAAUUCUAAGAGAGUAAUGUUGUUUACGAAUAAUGACAACCCACAUGCUGCUUCACAACAAUUACAGAGACAGGCAAGGACAAAAGCCAGUGACUUGGCCGAGACAGGCAUCGAUUUGGAAUUGAUGCAUUUACAAAAACCGGGAGAGAGUUUUGAUGUUUCCAAGUUCUAUAAGGAUUUGUUGUUUACAUCUGAUGAUGAAUUGACAGACCUUCCCGACCCGGCGGAGCGCAUGGAAGAACUUCUGAACAGAGUUCGAAGUAAAGACCACAAAAAAAGAGCUUUAAGAAGGAUUCAGCUAACACUUGGUGAAGGUCUUAGUCUUGGAGUUGGAGUGUAUGGAUUAGUUAGGUCCUGUCCCAAACCGUAUGGCGUUAAACUCAACAGGGAAACAAAUGAGGAGCUGCAGAGUCACUCAAAGACUUACCUCAAGGACACGGGAGAGGUACUUAUGCCGCAGGACCUGAAGAAAGCCCAGACCUAUGGUGGGCGUCAGAUACUGUUUGAGAAUGAUGAAGUUGCUGAAAUCAAGAGAUUUGGAGAGUCGGGAUUACAAUUGAUGGGCUUUAAGCCACGCAGCAAACUGAAGAAGUAUUAUCAUGUGAAGCCUGCACAGUUCCUGUACCCAGAUGAGAGUACGGUGAUUGGUAGUACCACAUUAUUUACUGCCUUGCUGAAGAAGUGCCUGGAGCGAGAUGUGUUCCCUUUGUGUCGAUACAUCCCUGGUAAAAACAUGGCACCACGAUUUGUGGCACUUCUACCACAGGUUGAAGAAGUUGAUGAGCACAAGGUACAGGUCACACCUCCAGGAUUCCAUGUCAUCUUCCUUCCGUUUGCUGAUGAUUUCCGUAGAGUGAAACUCGAGGAUGCUCCCCGAGCCAACAUGGAUCAGAUCGACAAGGCAAAGGAAUUGGUAAAGAAACUCCAAUUCAAGUUUACAAGUGAGAGUUUUGAAAACCCAGUCCUUCAGAAGUAUUGGCGGAAUAUUGAGGCCCUUGCUCUCGAUCGGGAUGCACCUGAAGAAAUGACUGACUACACAAUGCCCAAUGAAAAAGGAAUGGAAAAACGGGCAGGAAAGAUUAUACAGGAGUUCAAAGACCUCAUAUUUCCUGACGGGUAUGAACCAGGUGUAAAAAGAAAAGCUCCAGCGAGUGCUGCUGAUGCUGCUGCUAAGAAAGCUAAAAUGGAGGGCGCUAUGGCGAUGUUGGAUGUUAAGAAAGAGGCCCAGGAAGGCCGGUUGGGCAAGUUAACAGUGGCAGUAUUGAAAGAAUUGAUUAAGCGUGAAGGUAUUCCAGCAUCAGGAUCAAAGAAAGCAGAUUUGAUAGAUUGCAUUAACAGUUAUUAUGGUGUGUCAUAAGUUUGUAUCAUAAACUUCUACCAGGGUUUCCCUUCACUGGUUCUGUAGAUCAGACUGGAUGGCAAUACAAAGUGUUAUAGGACAUGAAGAGUAAAGAUGUCUUGCCAUGUCAUUGUUAGAGAGGUUGAUGUAAAAAUGCUGUUUGUACAAAUGUAUAUAUUUUCUGAUCUAUACAUUAAAGACUUUUUUAACGGA